GGCUAGUCCCGCGGCAGGGCGGGGCGGCGGGGGGCGGGGUGGCCCGACCGAAGUGACAGCUUUUGGGCGCUAAGAGCGUGGCUACCCCAUGGCCCAGCUGAGAGGCGCCCCCCAGCUGGUGCUGCUGUUUAGCGGGAAGAGGAAAUCAGGGAAGGACUUCGUGACGGAGACGCUACGGAGCAGACUCGGAGCGGAUGUCUGUGCUGUCCUCCGGCUCUCUGGCCCACUCAAGGAGCAGUAUGCUGAGGAGCAUGGCCUGAACUUUGAGAGACUCCUGGAUGCCAGCAGUUACAAAGAGGCCCAUCGGAGUGACAUGAUCCGCUGGGGGGAGGAGAAGCGCCAGGCUGAUCCAGGCUUCUUCUGCAGGAAGGUCGUGGAGGGCGUCUCCCAGCCGGUGUGGCUGGUGAGUGACACACGGAGGGUGUCUGAUGUCCAAUGGUUUCAAGAGACCUAUGGUGCUGUGACACAGACGGUCCGCAUUGUGGCCUCAGAGCAGAUCCGACAGCAGCGCGGCUGGGUGUUUAUGCCAGGAGUGGAUGAUGCUGAAUCAGAGUGUGGCCUGGACAACAUUGGGGACUUUGACUGGGUCAUUGAGAACCAUGGAGAUGAGCAGCAGCUGGAGGAGCAGUUGGAGAACCUGCUGGCAUUUAUCCGCGCCAAACUCUGAGUCAGGCUCCAGGAGUGCGCAAGGGCUGCUGGGCCCGACUGAGGCUGCCCCUGCAGGUGCUGGGGUCCCAGUCCUCACCAACAAGGGGAGGCGCACAGAGCACUUCAGUGUAGAUAUCUGGGGCCCCGGGGACUGAAGGAUGUCAGGCAAAUCAGGAACCCUCCAGGGAGCCUGGCUUCUCUGUGGAAGGAUCCCUCCAUCUUCAGGAGAAUGCUUAAAGGACAAAGGAGGUGAAUUCGCUGUCCUCAAAGCAGGAGCAUUACCACCUCCAUGGGAGCCAGACCGCUGGCCUGUGGUGGCCUCACCCUCCUGUCUGGAUGCACUCAGCCCCUUGUUCUGGGUGAGAACCGGGCUCCCUGUGUGCCCGAUAAUAAACCUCGUCGGAGCGCA